AUUACACCAGGUUUGAGCCACCAGGAUCAAGUUUACCAUAUCCUCUGAUCGGAAAGCUGCUACUAUCAGAGUUCCUUGCUUGCAAAGCACAUUCCUGUCCUCCUUUGCUUUCAAAAUCCCUUUUCUUCCUGGAGCAGUGUUCCUGACACUCCAGUAACCCUUUUAUUUUUCUUUUAAAGCCCAGUCCAUCCAGAAUCACCUUUUUCCUCAUCCAUUCUGUGCUUGCUUGUUCUCCUCUUCAGCAUUCUAUUUAAAUGGUGUUUAUUUUUCUGCUAGGUUAUAAGCAAGCUUAGAAAGGGCCCGGGUCUGAUGUCAACUUGAGGGUGUUGUCAUCUGUGGCUGUUGGGAACAGAACUUUUAUAAUCAGCAACGUUUAAAAAUAGCUAUGCCCAUCAGCCAAACUAUUUUUCUUCUUGGAGUUUAUACCAAAGAAAUCAGCGGUGAUAUAACCGACACGCUAGCAAGGGGAGUCACUCUGGCCUCACUUAUAAUAGUGGGACAACGAGGAGUCAUCCAGAUGCCUAACAACAGGGGGCUGCUUGAAGUAUGAUCACGUGUAGUACUUAAAAACAGCAGUGUAGUGGGAGCCCUGGUAGUCUAGUGGUUAUUCAUUGCUCCGCUAACAGCAAAAACAGCAGGGUAGUCAGUUGAACUUGCUCACCUCAUGCUGAUGACUGAGAGUUGAAUGAGGUCUUAGAGAGCUUGACUAUUUCUCUGGGCUAAUUUUAACAAUGAUUUCUUGAGAUCUUGUAGAUGCUGCUGCCCAUACUGUGAAGAAGAAGUCAAGGAGUGAGGUUGGCCCAGAGAGGAAGGAGACUUUUCUCGAAUGACAACAAUGACAAGAGAGAACUGGACCCACAGUGCUCUGAGACAAGAGAGUCUUGUGAAAGGGAAGGAUGAUGUCUGGAAGUGGGGCACCGGCCUCCCAGGGAGCAGCGCCUCUGUGUGGGAGACCUCCCACUUGCACUUUAGACAGCUCCGUUACCACGAGACGUCCGGGCCCCAGGAGGCUCUGAGCCGACUCCGGGAGCUCUGCCGCCGAUGGCUGAGGCCAGAAGCACGUACCAAGGCCCAGAUCCUGGAGCUGCUGGUGCUGGAGCAGUUCCUGAGCAUCCUGCCUGGGGAGCUCCGCACCUGGGUGCAGCUGCAUCGGCCCGGCAGUGGGGAGGAGGCCGUGGCCCUUGUAGAGGAGCUGCAGAGGGACCUUGAUGGACCAGCACUAAAAGUUCCGGUCCGUACGCAGGUCCAGGACCCUCUGCAGGAGGGGAGGAGCUCUUCAGGAACACCACUUCCUUCUGCACUGGCUGGUUGUCACCGAUCAGGGGGAGCGUGCCCGAGUCCUCUGACUGACCCAGUGGUGUUUAACCCCCAGGAUCUUCAACAUGAACCUCUGGCCGCCGAGGUGUCUGCCCGUUCCCAGGAAGAGAACCCAAGAAAUCAGUUAAUGGCCCUCAUGCUUCUCACAGCCCAGCCCCAGGAAUUGGUGAUGUUUGAAGAGGUCUCUGUCUGCUUCACUUCCGAGGAAUGGGCCUGUCUGGGCCCAAUUCAGAGGGCCUUGUACUGGGAUGUGAUGCUGGAGAAUUAUGGAAAUGUGACCUCACUAGAAUGGGAGACCAUGGCUGAGGAUGAGGAGGUGACAUCCAAGCCAGGCGUUUCUCCGCGCUCAGACUCUCAUAGAGGAACCUCUAAAAGACUCCACCGCAGUGUUUCCACCAUCCUUAACUCUGAGCAAAAGUGUGACUGGCAAGUGUCGGCAAAUCAGUGGGAAGACGCCAUGGGAAACAGGGCGGCCACAGUGAAGAAAGGCUCCCCACGUGAGCGGGACAGGAAGAGAAGGACGGCACCAGACGAAGGGCUUCCAACGUGGAAGGAGUCGGAAGAAAGCUUGGCUCUGGGUGCAGCUCUUUCUGAAAGUUUAAUAGGCAUGGAAGGAAAGAAGUUUUACAGAUGUGAUGUAUGUUGUAAACUUUUCAACAAGAUCUCUCAUCUGAUAAACCACAGGAGGAUCCACACGGGUGAGAAGCCCUAUAAAUGUAAGGAGUGUGGAAAAGGCUUUAUUCAGCGCUCAAGCCUUCUGAUGCACUUACGGAACCAUUCUGGUGAGAAGCCCUAUAAAUGUAAUGAAUGUGGGAAAGCUUUUUCUCAGAGUGCUUACCUUCUGAACCAUCAGAGAAUCCACACCGGGGAGAAACCUUACAAGUGUAAGGAGUGUGGCAAGGGCUUCUACAGGCAUUCCGGCCUCCUUAUCCAUCUGAGGCGCCACUCCGGAGAGAGGCCUUAUGAAUGUAACGAAUGUGGGAAAGUUUUCUCUCAGAACGCCUACCUCAUCGACCACCAGAGACUCCACAGAGGGGAAGAGCCGUAUAAAUGUAACAAGUGUCAGAAAGCGUUCAUCCUGAAGAAGAGCCUCAUUCUGCACCAGAGAAUUCACUCUGGGGAGAAGCCCUAUAAAUGUGAUGAGUGUGGGAAAACCUUUGCUCAGACCACGUAUCUUGCUGACCACCAGCGACUCCACAGUGCAGAGAACCCGUACAAGUGCAAAGAGUGUGGGAAAGUCUUCAUCCGGAGUAAAAGCCUCCUCCUGCACCAGCGAGUCCACACCGAGAAGAAGACCUUUGGCUGUAAGAAGUGUGGAAAGGUCUUCAGCUCUCAGUCUCACCUCGCCGAGCAUAAGAGGCUGCACAGCAGAGAGAAGCCGUACAAAUGCAGCCAGUGUGGCAAGGCCUUCACCCAGAGUGCUUACCUCUUCGACCACCAGAGGCUCCACAACGGGGAGAAGCCCUACGAGUGUAGCGAGUGUGGGAAGGUUUUCAUUCUGAAGAAGAGCCUCAUUUUGCACCAGAGGUUCCACACCGGCGAGAACCUCUUUGAAUGUAAAGACUGCGGCAAGGUCUUUGGCUCCGGUAGAAACCUCCUUGACCAUGAGAGACUGCACAAUGGGGAGCAGCCCUAUGCAUGUCCGGAGUGCGGGAAGACCUUUAUUAUGAGCAAAAGCUUUACGGUCCACCAGAAACUCCACACCCAAGAGAAAGCGUACAAAUGUGAGGACUGCGGGAAGGCUUUCAGUUACAAUUCAAGCCUGCUGGUACAUCGGAGAAUUCACACUGGGGAAAAGCCCUUCGAAUGCAGUGAGUGUGGCAGAGCCUUCAGCUCUAAUAGAAACCUCGUCGAGCACAAGCGAAUCCAUAGUGGGGAGAAGCCCUACGAGUGCAACGAGUGUGGCAAGUGCUUCAUUCUGAAGAAGAGCCUCAUCGGGCACCAGCGAAUUCACACGAGGGAAAAGUCUUACAAAUGCAACGACUGUGGGAAAGUCUUCAGCUACCGCUCCAACCUGGUCGCCCACCAGCGGAUCCACACUGGGGAGAAGCCCUAUGCAUGUCAUGAGUGUGGGAAAGGGUUUACUUACAAUAGAAACUUGAUAGAGCAUCAGAGGAUUCACAGUGGCGAAAAGACCUAUGAAUGUCACGUGUGCAGGAAGGUUCUCACCUCCAGCAGAAACCUCAUGGUGCAUCAGCGGAUCCACACUGGAGAGAAGCCCUACAAGUGCAGUGAGUGUGGGAAAGACUUUAGUCAGAACAAAAACCUUGUUGUGCACCAGAGAAUGCACACCGGGGAAAAACCUUAUGAGUGUGACAAGUGUAGGAAAUCCUUUACUUCUAAGAGAAAUUUAGUUGGCCACCAGAGGAUCCACACAGGGGAGAAACCUUAUGGGUGCAACGAUUGUAGUAAGGUUUUUAGACAAAGAAAAAACCUGACCGUUCAUCAGAAAGUUCAUUCAGAUGAAAAACCCUAUGAGUGUGAUGAGUCUGAAAAAGAAUUCUCUCCGGCUUCAAGUCUUCCACCCCAAAAUCCAUACUGUGGAGGAAUUCUUUUGGUUACAGAAUAUCAGUGAGUCCAUGAUAGAGAUUCAGAAAGUUGAGUUUGAAAUCAAAUAAAAUCUCUGCUACCUACGUAACUGUUGAAGGAAUGACAGUAUAUGGCUCCUGGCAGGAAAGUUUUCAAAUCUAGACUUUCAAACCUAUAGCAGCACACACCACUUCCUAGUUAAAGGUCUAAUGUCACACCAUCUGUUAGGACCCUUAAAAGGACCCUUGGAGCAAGUAAGGACACUGAGACAAACAGUGUACUGUCUUAUGAGAUGUACUGCUGUUGUAAAUGAUAGCAAAAAAUAUUUGUAAGAUAUAUAUAUAUAUAUGUAUAUAUAUAUAUGCAUAUGUAUAUUUAUAUAUGUCUUUAUUUUAGAAAGCAGGCAUUGGUUCUGAAAAGAUGUGUCUAGUGCUGAACAUUUCAAAGGUGGCAUGACUGUUGCAGAAGUCUCUAUAGCUAAUACAAUCCAAACUUGUAAGACAUGGGUUUGUGUGGGCAAGUGUCUGCUGUUUGAGAACAAUCUAAAAAGAGCACUAGUCUUGUAAUCAAAAGACCAAGGUUUGGGUCCUGACUCCUCAUCCUACGCAGUCGGCGAUGGUGUAAGUUGGACUGGUGAGUAAGUCUUUGUUUCCUUCUAAAUCACAUGUUGACGUCAUCCCCACCUCACAGGGUUGUUGUGAGAAUUCAGUAUAAGGGUCUUUGUACAUUCGUAAAAUCACUCUGUUGUCAAUAAAAUGCAACAAAAAAAGGUAAAGUCAAAUUUUAGACCAUAAGUUGUAGGUGGCAUAGUGUACAUUUGUUCAUUAAACCUGAAUAUUGGAUUUCAGAAGCGGCUCAUUUGUAGAGUAAAAGGAAGCAUGUGUAUCUCAAACUAGAAUCAAGUACUCUAAGAAUAAUUGUUUUAAAUUACAUCUUUAAUAAGAUUUAAGGAAGUCACGGAA